AUGCAAAAUCAGGCGAUAUCUGCUGAGUAUGUCACUACCUCUUGGACUGUGGUCCGAGGUUUCUUUGCUCGCGAACAACAUCUCGUCGAGCAUAUAUCGCGAAUCGAAAAAGCGUUGCACCAAGCGGGAUGGCAAAAUCAACAAGACAGAGCUGCAUACACCACUUUAGCCUCGAAGUAUGAGCAGCUGUAUGCAGGAUAUCAGAGGAUUUUGGAAAUGUACGAUUCCCUCGCAAAAACUGUCGGCGAAGCGGAGGAGUCAAACUAUGCGCCUCCGGCGACUGUGUCUGAAGAAGGACUUGCCAUCAUUAUUGAGCGACCUGAUCAUUCCGCCUCAGAUAAUGAAGAUGAGUAUGUUGAGGAAGAACGCAACAGCGUUUAG